GAGCUGCUACAUCUUCACAAGACAUUUCGCUCAUUUAUUUUCUUUUUUUUUUGCAUGAAGACGCACGGAUUCUACUUACGAACCGGAGAGACAUAUUUCAUUUGAUCCAAAAUAAAAAAAAAAUAUUGGCACAUCAUCACCAAGGCUAUUUGAUCGCCUUCGUUACACCGCAGAUCUGGAGCCAUGACAGGCGCCCCGCUGGUUCCACAGCCCGCCUGCUGACGGUACCGGGGCAGGAUGGGAGAAAGGUCUGCCGCUGUCAGGAUCCCGAAGCAGCCGAUUUAUCAAUGGAGGAGGAGAGCGACACCCGGAAAAUUAACAGCAGCUUCCUUCGCGACCACAACUAUGCAACCGAAGCUGACAUUAUCUCAACGGUGGAGUUUAACUCAUCAGGGGAGCUGUUGGCCACUGGGGAUAAAGGAGGCAGAGUGGUUGUCUUCCAGAGGGAGCAGGAGAGUAAAAGCCAGCCCCAGCGUCGAGGGGAGUACAAUGUUUACAGUACAUUCCAGAGCCACGAACCAGAGUUUGACUACCUGAAGAGUUUGGAGAUAGAGGAGAAGAUCAACAAGAUCAAAUGGCUUCCCCAGCAGAACGCAGCUUACUUCCUGCUCUCCACCAAUGACAAGACGGUGAAACUGUGGAAAAUCAGUGAGCGAGACAAACGUCCAGAGGGCUACAACCUGAAGGAUGAAGAUGGACGCAUUAGAGACCCUUCGACCAUCACUUCGCUACGAGUGCCGGUGCUGCAACCCAUGGAUCUGAUGGUUGAAGCCACAGCCAGGCGAGUGUUCAGCAACGCCCACACCUACCACAUCAACUCCAUCUCCGUGAACUCCGACCUACAGACAUUCAUCUCCACCGAUGACCUCAGGGUGAACCUGUGGAAUCUGGAGAUCACUGACCGCAGCUUCAACAUUGUGGACAUAAAACCAUCCAAUAUGGAGGAGCUGACAGAAGUCAUCACCUCGGCGGAGUUCCAUCCGCAGCAGUGUCACACCUUCGCAUACAGCAGCAGCAAGGGCUCGAUAAGACUGUGUGACAUGAGACAGGCGGCGCUCUGCGACAAGCACUGCAAAUACUUUGAAGAGCCGGAGGAUCCUGCUACACGUUCGUUUUUUUCCGAAAUCAUCUCAUCUAUCUCUGAUGCGAAGUUCAGCCACAACGGUCGCUACUUGAUGACAAGGGACUACCUCACUGUUAAGGUGUGGGACCUGCAGAUGGAGAACAAACCCUUUGAGACCUAUCAGGUGCACGACUACUUACGGGGUAAACUUUGCUCACUUUACGAGAACGACUGCAUCUUUGACAAGUUUGAGUGUGUCUGGAACGGAUCAGACAGCGUCAUCAUGACCGGCUCCUACAACAACUUCUUCCGAAUGUUUGACCGCAACACCAAGCGGGACGUCACGUUGGAAGCGUCGAGGGAGAACAGCAAACCACGAGCAAUUCUCAAGCCUCGGAAGGUGUGCGUGGGCGGCAAACGCCGAAAGGAUGAGAUCAGCGUGGACAGUUUAGACUUCAGCAAGAAGAUCCUUCACACCACAUGGCAUCCGCACGAGAACAUCAUCGCAGUGGCGGCCACCAACAACCUUUACAUUUUCCAAGACAAAGUCAACUAAAACACGCUGUCCCCCCCCCCGCCCCCCAUGACCUCUUCGUGUGCGUUGGAGGGGGUGUUUUUGAUGGCCCCGAUGUUGCUGCUCACAUGAUUUGCACUGAGGAUGUCCGCUUCUGGAAUCAGUGAUGCGGGUUUCUGAACUGAGUGUUGAAUUUAUUUAGCAAAAGGGAAUCCCGUGCGGAAACAUGACAGCUGCAUGAGCAAUAGGAUGUAGCAGCGCUCCGGACCAUGGAAGGAAAAAAAAAAAUGGAGGGCGGAUACAGUGAAUUGCAAGAAAAGGCAAUUUUUUUUGGACAGCACAAUCUGCUGAUAAUGUCUUUUCUGCUUGUGGUCAGUCUUUCUAGUACCAAUUGCCCCCCCCACAACCCCCCCACAGUGGGGCGACUCUAGUCUGUGAUGUGAAUGAGGCAAUUUUUAUUCAUGCUUUUAUUUAAUGCCGGUUUGUUUAGCUGCUGUGGUGCCUUCUUUUGGUAUGUGGGGGUUCAAUGUAAGAAGGGUUGGGAGGGGGUGGGGGGGUAUUGAGGCAGAAGUGUGAAUGUUUUGUUUCCUGUCUGUCAAUUAUGAAGAAAAACGAGAACGGUACAAUAGUUCCAAGCCCAGGUACUUUACAAGCCAGCAUACAGUAUUAAUUAUCACCGUGCCCAAUUCCCACCAAGCCUCCGAUGGGGGAAGUUUAUGAUAAUUCUAACAUGUUGCAUGUAAAGGACGUGUUACCGAUGACUCCUAUACACGCGUGUGCUCAUUUUCAACAUAUGGAUUAUAGCACCUGUUAAGAGCCGGCGACAUCUGAGGUAAGCACUAAAAAAAGGAAAAAGGUCAAAGUGAACUCUGUGACAUCAGGGAAUUAAUACUGUACGUGUCAAGAAAUGUCUUUCCUUUGUGACACUUCGAAUUAAAACAAAAAAAAACAUUUUAUAGAUCAGAAUGUAAUAAGAAUGCAGUCUUUAUGAUUACUGA